CGAUCCCGGGACUCUGAGUCACGGAUGCAAUAUCCAAAAAUUCUCUUUUCCUGGCAGAUUUUGGCAGGUCAAUUAUCCUGCUGCACGCGGAAGCUGCGCCAACAAUUUUAAUUAGAUCUGGCUUUGGACACCUAAGCUUUUCCUUUUUUUUUUUCGAAUUUACCACGCAGAAGCGCGCCUUUCACCAACAUUGUAGAGCGAAUCAGGUACAUCGACGGUAUUCCUUUAGUUUAAAGCUCAUUUCCAGUUCUUUCGAAGCAGGUUAUCUUGCUGCGAAUAUUGUAAACUCAUUGCUGCAGCAGCGUUCGCGAUGACGAUUCGAUUCGGUGGGUAAUUAAUACUACAAAAAAUGGAUACAUUAAGAAGUCAGAAUAAGCUGAUUUUGGCUGUUGCUGUUGGUGUUGGAGUGGUUUUAACCAGUAUUGUGUUAUACCACAUUUCAAAGAAAGGUAAAAAGAAGUUGGUGACUUUGCUUGACCCUCAAGCGAAAUAUUCACUGCCAUUGAUUGAGAGGGAGGAGAUCAGUCAUGAUACAAGGAGGUUCAGAUUCGGGUUGCCAAGUGAGAAGCAUGUGCUUGGUUUGCCUGUCGGGCAGCACAUCCAUCUAUCAGCCAAGAUUGAUAAUGACUUAAUCAUUAGGUCAUACACUCCUGUGUCAUCUGAUGAGGAAGCUGGAUAUGUUGAUUUAGUUAUCAAGGUAUACUUCAAGAAUGUCCACCCGAAAUUCCCAGAGGGCGGAAAAAUGUCUCAGCAUCUUGAGAACCUUAAGAUCGGUGAUACGAUCGACGUGAGAGGUCCAUCCGGUAGGUUGCAGUAUUUGAGUAACGGCAAGUUCUCGGUGAAGAAGCUGAGGAAAGACCCACCACAAAUCAUAACCGUGAAACGUGUAUCAAUGAUUGCCGGUGGUACAGGAAUCACGCCUAUGCUUCAACUGAUCAGACAUAUCACAAAGGAUCCAAACGACAAAACUCAGCUGAAUCUGCUCUUCGCCAAUCAAACCGAGAAGGAUAUUCUUGUGCGUAAGGAACUCGAGACGGCAGCCAAGGAACAUCCCGACCAAUUCAAACUGUGGUACACUUUGGACACUCCUCCAGAAGGAUGGAAGUAUAGCUCUGGAUUCGUGAACGAGGAAAUGAUCAAAGACCAUCUGUUCCCACCAUCACCUGAUACUUUGGUCGUCCUCUGCGGUCCACCGCCGAUGAUCAACUAUGCUUGCCUUCCGAACUUAGACAAAUUGGGACACUCCAAGGAUCUUUGCUUCGCCUAUUAAAAUUAUGUCCCAUUUGGAAUGUUAUACACUAUUACACGUACACCACACGGAGCAAAAUCGGCAUUGCGAUCGAUUAUAUAGCAAUAAUAGUAUUGUCAGAAUGUACACACCUUUUUUUAAAAGACUUUUGAUGCAUUUUAUUGUUAUUUUUUUUGGUUUUUACUAAAAGUAUAUUAAUUUUAUUGAAA